UUGAAAAGUCAAAAAUUCAGUAAUCAGAAUUGAGAAGGGGAGAAAAGUUAUCAUAGAGCUGCACAAAUUGGUACAAGAAAAGGUACACAAAAUGGGAACAACAAAGGUAGAGAAGAAUCUAUGGCUUGCCACAUUGUUUGAGCAAAAACGUGGCUUCCGAAAAUUGGUGUCAAACAAAUCAGUACUCGUUGUUGGUGAUAAUGGCACCGGCAAGUCGUCCCUCAUUGCCAAGCUGCAGGGAAGAAGGCCCCCAAAGUAUGGUGGCGGCUUGGAGUUUGGCUACAUUGAUGUUGAGGACGAGAGCAAUGGUGACAAGACGCAGUUGGUAGUUUGGAUAUUGGAUGGUGACGCGGGGCAUACAAAUCUGUUGCCCAUUGCACUCAACGAAAAUAACUUGGGAGAAGUACUCGUCAUGCUUACAGUUUCGAUGAUGGUACCUUGGACCUGGCCUGAGCAGCUCAAGUAUUGGAUAAACGUACUGGAACGCCACAUCGAAAUCCUGCCGCUGGCUGCCGAACAGAAGGAGGCGGCACGCAAGCGCCUUGUAACAAAGUGGCAGAGUUACUGCUACACAGGAUCGACUUUACAGCCAACAAACGGGUGUCAAAACAAGGAAAUCGAUGUGGAUGAACUGUUGCCGCUGACUAAGGAUGCACUUACCACAAAUAUUGGUCUCGACCUUGUAGUUGUGGUCACAAAGACGGACUGCAUGGGGGCCGCCUUUCACAUGGAGCACGAGUAUGGUGAUCAGCAUUUCGAUUUUAUGCAGCAAUGGAUACGCAAAUUUUGCCUCCGUCACGGGGCUGCACUCUUCUACACGAGCCUGAAAAAAGCAACAACCUGUGAUAACCUGCAGAAGUAUCUCUUUCAUCGUCUUUAUGGUCUGCCGUUCCAAACUCCCCCGAUGGUCGCUGACCAGGAUGCAGUACUCGUUCCGGCUGGCUGGGAUACCCUGAAGAAGAUUGAUAUUUUGACUGAAAACAUCCCUGGACUCGACCCCGAUUGCGACUACACGGACAUCAUCAAGGCACCAUUCACCGGGAGUGCGAUUUUCAAUCGAGAUUUGGAAUUUGUGGAAACCGUGGAUGAGCAGGCCUUUCUGGCCCGCCAGUUGGAGAUACUCAGGAAACUCAAUCAAGCCGAUGCAGAGGGAGGCGGCGACUCCAUAAGCCGCACACACCCAACCAGCACUGGACAGUGCUCACCCACGAAUCCUGAUCCUGAUGGCCCUUUGGCCAAGUUCUUCGCUAAACUUAUGGAGAAGAAGCCGCCAAUUAGCAGCAGCGCUGGUGAUGGUCCGGUGUCGGAGUCUGGCCGCAACGACACCGAGAAGUUGGCCGCAGAAUUGGAUCGCUUGUCGAGCAGCAUCAAGAAGAAGAAAGACCAGAAAAAACCAAAGUAAACGCAACCAAACAUGAACCGACACGAUCAAACCUAAAACAACAACAAAACAUUAUCAGAUUAAAAUAAACAACAAAUUGGGCAGC